AUGGCGACACCCAACUGCUGGCGCUGCCUGGCGCGGCCAUCUCAGCGUCUUUUGAGGCCGGCGACCAUCACUGUCCCGAGUACAAAUGCAUCAUUCAGCACCUCGACAGCUCAAUUGGCCAAAGAGGAUUCCGGCGUGUCGAGGCACAUCCGUAGCGGCAAGAGGCUCGUACUUGGCAGCAAGAAGAAGAAGAUUAGAGAUCCCGGCAAGCCCGUCGCACCGGGCGAGAGAAAAGCUUUCAGAAAGAGGAUACAACUCUCGAAUGACAAUGCGCUCGAGGUGACCGGCCUCGCUCCGUUGAGCGCCGAAAACAUCGUCGACCAAAAGGCUGUUGGAACCAUGGUGGGCCUGCCCGACCAAUUGAUCGACCAGCUCCGAACGGUGGAAGCCUUCAAGUCGACUCAGAACUGGGGUCUCUUCAGGAGUCCGCACAUGCUCAUUCGCCAGGAGACUGUGGAUUUUGUAAAGAACAUUACCGACAAGCUCGGCAAGAAGGAGACAGUGAGGACCGUUGUGACGGGCGAAAGAUCUAGCGGGAAAAGCAUGCUGGGCUUGCAAACUCUUGCCGCAGGAUUCUUGAAUAAAUAUGUUGUGAUAAACAUUCCCGAAGGCCAGGAGCUGACGACGGCUGCAACCGAAUACCAGGAAAUCCCGAGAUCAGAGCAGUUCUCACAGCCAGUCUACCUCCUCAAGCUGAUGCAGGCCAUGCAAGAAAGCAAUAAGGAACUCCUCCAGAGCCUGCACGUGCAGCUCGACCAUAUCCACCUCCCAUUCAACACGUCGCGCUCCACGACGCUCGCCGCUUUGGCUACAGCCACCAAGGAGCAUGACGUUGCCUGGCCUGUUUUCCAGGCCUUGUGGCAAGAGCUCCUCCUUCCAGGCCGCCCCCCGAUCAUGCUCAACAUUGAUGGACUAGAACACAUUAUGCGCGUGAGCGACUACCGCAACCCUGCCUACAAGCUCAUCCACAGCCAUGACCUUGCUCUUGUCCGGACCAUCACCGAGGCACUCGGUGGCAAGACCAAGUUUGUCAACGGUGCUGCCAUUGUCGGCAUCACGACCCGCGGCAACUAUGCCAAGUCCCCGUCAGUCGAGAAGGCUAUUCAGCAAGCUGUCGCUGCACAGGCCGGGGAGAGGAUUCCUGCACGCGACCCCUUCUUUUCAAAGUACGACGACCGCGUUUUUGAAGCCCUGAAGGGUGUGAGCGUGUUUGACGUCAAGGGUGUCUCGAAGGCCGAAGCUAGAGCUCUGAUGGAGUAUUGGGCUGCUAGCGGCGUGCUCAGGAUGAGGGUCGACGAAAGGAGUGUCAGCGAGCGGUGGACACUGGCUGGUAAUGGUGUGGUGGGAGAGAUUGAGCGUGCUAGUUUGUACGCUGUCCGACUGUAA